GCACACACUCCCGAUGUGCCGCUCUUCUUCUUUGUUGAAGACUUGCCAGGCCCGGACGGCGACUUCAACGGCCUCUUCGACAACUAUACGGCCGACAAUGAGGGCGAGCCCGAGGACUCCAUCGUGCGCCUGUACUUCCCCCACAUGGACGUCUGCGAUGGCGGGUCAGGCGGCGGCAUGCUGUACCACCAGGCCCGCCACCUCGCCUGUUUCUUUGUGCACCCAGACGACACCGAGUUUGCGUUUCCAAUGGACGAACGCCGGCACAACUGGCAUCCCCUGGAGACCAUCCUCUCCAACUGGAUAACCCUGAUCCACCUCGGCAAGGUCGUCGCCUCCCCGACCGACCAACCACCCCUCUACGGCGGUGUCAAGGUCGGGAAUUGGGAGUGGCGGCCGUAUGGCGAUGGCCAGAUAGCGGGGUGCGUCGCGGCGUGGGAUCGGCUCUGUGACGCCAUAGAGGUACGUCGUCGACAGAGCCGCGGCGCCAGGGUCGACGACUCGGAUGACAACCAUCCCAGGGAGCCCUUGCUGACGCCUGAGGCCAUGGACGCCGCCAAAAUCCCGGAUCCCUCUUUCGCGCGCGCCUUCCUGGGCCUCGCCCACCGUCCCCGGCACAUCCGCCAGAUCGCACCGGGGCUCUCUCUCCCUCCUGCGGAUGCGGCUGCUUUCGCCGCCGCCCAGCCCUUCACCCACCUGCCUCGGAGGGUGCGGGUGCCGCAGUGGCACGGCAUGGACCGCGAAGACAUCGUGCCGCCCGUGUAUAUCUUCUUCAGCGACGCGGGCGCUCCGCAGGUCGACGUGUCAGGCCGGCGGUCCUCGUUCCGCCUCUACUGGGGCGGCGGUCGCGGCAUCGUGCCAGACGGCAUCCCACUCCCGUCUCGCGUGCCACCGGGUGUUUACAACGAGUGCGUCGUGCGGUCCGACCUAGAUGCGACUGAGGAAGGGUUCCGGCUGCCGCUGCCGUUUCGCCUGUAUGGCGCGCGCUUUAGCAGUGGGGACGAGAUGAAGGAUACGGUGGCGGAUGAGCUGUUCCAGCAUGGGUUCAAGCCUUUCGGGGGACACCCACACCGGCCUCAGCGUCUGGAACGGCUGUUGGACCACUGGGCAAGCCUGGUCGAGCGAGGGGUCUGGGCUGUCGGGCCGCACGGGGUGCAGGGGUCAAUCGAGGUGUUUAAGGAUGCUACCGUGAAUUGGGCAGAUUAUGCGAUCCCGUCGAGCUGGUGACCAUGCCGGGUUGUGGGUUGAAGACAAUUCCUUUUUCCCUCAGGCUCCGAGUCGCCAUAGCCAAAUCUCUGCCGUGGUAGGUUAGGGAGGUGCGGUUCGAUGGUUUGAUUUCAAUAGAGGAAGGCACGCUGGCGGCGGCGGCUGGCCUCUUAGGUACCUGAAAAGUCUGCUCCGGCCCUGGCCUCUCUCCCAACCAAGUAGGGAAUUUGGACCGCCGACGCAAAGCAGCUUCCUCAACCGGACGUAGGAACAUGACCAAACCCGAACUUAGAACCGAACCUUCAUUUCCCCCAUACCCAAUGGUCCA